UUAUGACACGCGCUCGACGUCCUUCCUGUGCGUCGCGCGCUUUUCCGGAAACUCCAGCCAUGCGGGCGAAAUGCCACCGUGGGAACGCGAAAUACAGCGAGGAAGAAAGUAAACAAAAAGAGCGAGAAAAAUACAUCUCGCGUGGAGCGUGUCUUGUGGCAGAUAAGAUAGCGAGCGCGUUGUGCGUGUGUACACGAAUGCGGCCUUGCGUUGGCGCGUGACGUUCGGCCGUCACAAAAAGAAAAAAAGAGGACGACGGAGGGACCUCCCUUUGAUUGCCUUAUUUUUUUGCGACGGCUCUGGGAGACGCACGUCUCCUCCGCGUGCGUUUUGGAAAAAAAACAAAGUUCGCGUGUCGUAGUGAUUUGUUGUGUCCGAUUUUACACCUUCGUGUUGUGCCACAUUGUAUUCCCUGCGACCGGCCAAGGCUCGGGCGAAGGCGCCCAGCGCUCUCAUCUAAAUGGCCGACAGCAGUACUACCACCGGCGCCAGUGCCAGCUGCCUCAGCAGCCGGGGGGGAGGCCCAUCGAGUGACAGCUCCUCCGGGCCCUCGUCGCCCCACCAGGAGGAGCCCGACCCGCUGAGCGACCGCCUGCUGCUCGGACCACACAUCGAUGAGUCACAGGGAGGACACCCGGUCAAGUUUGGCGAGCUCGUGCUGCUAGGGUACAAUGGGUCUUUACCCCAUGGCGAGAAAGGUAGGCGGCGGAGCAAAUUCUUCCUGUACAGGCGGCCCUUCCCCAAUGGCAUCAAGAAGUCCAAGCAUUACAUCGUCAAGACACCGCAGUCUUCAAAGUACCGGCAGGCCACUAAAGUUGGAGGAAAGACUACACGGUCUGCACUCAUGGCUGUGCUGGACAGCAAGCAGCACUCCAUUUCGUACACGCUAUCGCGGACGCAAGCGGUCAUCGUGGAGUAUGUGCUCGACGAGGAAACGGACCUGUUCCAGAUUGGCCGCUCCUCGGAGAGUCCCAUCGACUUUGUGGUGAUGGACACGGUGGCCGGUGGGGACAACAAGGCGGGUGCCUGUAGGGUCGCCCAGAGCACCAUCUCCCGCUUUGCCUGCCGCAUCCUGUGCGAGCGCAACCGCUCGCACCGCUCGUGCGUGUUUGCCGCCGGAUUCGACUCCUCCCGAAACAUCUUCCUCGGGGAGAAAGCGACCAAAUGGCAGCAGGACGGUGAGAUAGACGGCUUGACGACCAAUGGCGUCCUCAUCAUGCACCCGCAAGGGUCUUUCUGCGGUGGUGCGACACCCGGAAUCUGGCGCGAGGUGUCCGUCGGUGGCAACGUGUACGCCAUCCGCGAGUCCCGAUCGGCCCCCAAGAAGGGUGUCAGGAUUGACGACGAGACGAACGUUCUGCGAGACGGCUCGCUCAUUGACCUCUGCGGAGCUACACUCCUCUUUCGGUCGGCCGAGGGACUCCUGAAGUCACCGACGAAGCAGCACUUGGAGGCACGCGUGGAGGAGCUGAACGCGGGCCGCCCCCAAUGCCCCGUGGGUCUGAACACCCUGGUGAUUGCGAGCCGUGCCACCCUGAGCCAGGGGGACAAGCAGCCGUACGUGUACCUGCACUGUGGCCACGUCCAGGGCCUGCACCACUGGGGACUCCCUGAGGGGGCCUCCAAUGUGCGCACCUGCCCGAUGUGCCUCAAGAAGGGUCCCGUGGUCAAGCUAUGUGUGGGCAUCGAGCCAGCCUUCUACGUGGACAACGACCCACCGAACCACGCUUUCAAUCCGUGUGGCCACAUGGCUUCUGAAAAGACUGUCAAGUACUGGGCCUCGGUGUCCAUCCCGCACGGCACCAACGGCCUUCAGGCGGCCUGCCCCUUCUGUGCCACCCAGCUGGAAGGGUACCCGGGAUAUGUGCGCCUCAUCUUCCAGGACCACAUCGACUGAUUGUUGCUGUUUACCCCCUCCCAUUCUUCUUGCUCUCGUGGGGCCUCAGCAGCUGACGGCAUUCGCGAGUGUUCGAAAGAAGAAGAAAAAAGCCAAAGGCGCAAUCACCCUCUCUCAGCUUCAACCUUCUGCGGUCACCACGAGAGCGGGAAGUGCUGAAUGUCGAUGGGAUGCCUUUGGUCUGUGUCCCCAUACUACAAUCCACCUGUCUCUCGAGGCAGGAUGUCGCGAGCAGCAGCGUGCUGCGCUGUCGUUGUUCGUCGCAUCGUUGGAUGAGGUCUGCUGAAGUCAUCGAGACUGCGGACAACGUUGUCAGUGGCUGCAGUCUCCAAGAACUGGGAGGAUGGUGCGCCGUCUUUCUCCGCUUUAAGUGGGGACACUGGAAGUUGCCGACGAGCGUGACGGAGCUUUGUUGUAAUGAAAUCUGCUUCCAUGCCAUGCCAACUGGAUCUGAUCGUGCACCUGGCUGCAAGUGCGACGUCCUCCCAGUACAUGCACUGGUAGACACCUGGGGUGCACAAUAGGUGGAGCUGUGCGUGGUUUAGUGACCUGUGAAUAGUUAAACAAAACUGAUGACGAAACAUUUUGUUGCAAAAUCCUAAUGGGAGGCUUCGUAACUUAGUAGAAGGAUCUUGCCAAAUUUAAUGUUAUAGGAAGUUGCGAUGGGAUGUCUGAUGCAGUUUCAUCGUAAAACUACUUUACUUGACUGAAAAAAAUAAACGUCAUGGUGGAUAGUCUUGUCUGGGCUUCUAGUGGCCCUGACAAGACAAAAUGCACCAGCUUGUGGAUUGUGCACCACAGGUGUUGAAUCACAGGCUCUGGGCUGUUGCUUUGCACCAAGUGCAAUAUCGCACAUGUAGGGAAGAGUCACUGUCCUGCUUUGUCAUGCCAUAUUGACCGAAUCGGUGGUGCAUGGUACGUGGUAGGGGUGUGCGAAUAUUCGAAACUUUUGAAUAACAAAUCGAAUAGUAUUUUAUUAGAUUGUCUUUGAAUCAAAUAGUCACUAUAUUUGUAUAUGUCAUUUUAUUUCGAAUACUUUUUGAAUAUUUGAAAACGUCAACUGUGCCCAAGUAAACAUAAAAUUGGAGUACAGUAAAUUUUCACGCCUGUGGGCAUAGUAUAGACAUAAAACGUGAGAAUAUGCUUAGCGGAGCAGGCUACGUCACUUAGGUAACCAUACUUUACAGGCUGUACAGCAAUCACUUGCACUUUCUGGAGAGCCCUGUGGAUGCGAAGAAAGUACUUGUUUGCUCCUAAUGCUCCAUUAGUGCUUUUCGUAAACAUUUCAUAAUGUACCAUGUGAUCGCAGGAACUUGCUUAUGUUAAGAAUGCUGGGAUAUGAACAUUGUUUUGCGUUAAUUCUAACUGCUGUUCAUUAUUUGAAAACUAUUCAGAAAGUAUUCGUUAUUCGGUUCCCUUCUGGUGCUAUUUGAUUCGAUCUUAAAAAUCUCUAUUCGCACACCCCUAGAACCUGGAUUGUGGGUGAAAUUGAGGCCAACUGUGACCGGUAACUUGUACCUUGUCAUUUGGUGUUGCUUGUUUUGUGUGGGAAGGGUGUAGGUGCUUUUGACAAUAUGCCGGGAAGUAAAUGCCUUGCGUAUCAUCGUUUCUUGUUGCAUUGUACCGAGCAGCAAUUUGGAAAGUGUGUUCACCGGAUACGUUAGCAGGAAGGCAUUCACGAUGACCGCAUCUCUCCGUGUGUUAAAAUUGUGACGGUUUGCUCGAAGUCUGCAAGAAUCCUGUUUUUCAAUGAACUAUAGCUUAUGUUUCAUGGAAUUAAGCAGCAAACUGAGAGGGUUGUUAUGUCAAAGGGGCGGCAGAUGGAAGCGUUUCUAAUGUGGAGUCUGCUAGAAGUUGUCUAUGGUGGAAUCGCUUAAGUGUUUGUGAAACUUGAAUUCCAGGUCGUGAUGAAUUUCGUGGUGCACAGAAGUGCGGUGUGCACGUCUCGCUUAUUGUAAUGACUCUGUGCCAUUUAAGAAACUGCCGACUGUUAUGGACCACUCCUCAAUAACCUGUUUUACAGUUUUGACUAGCCUCUGCUAGGAGGCGGGGAGGGCGAUGUAUUUCAGGACCAAGUAGACGUAUGAUAGCGCUAUACGCUACUGCAAACGAAAUGUAAUGCUGCGGUGCACCUAGCAAUGCGUGUGCUUGAAGUUUAGUUGCAUGAAAAGGGAUUUGACUGAGCACAUACUUUGGGCUGCUUUUGAAACACAGAAUCUCUUGUUGUGCCAAGUGUAGGAUUACUUCAGAAUUGAAACAAUUGUUUCAUUGUAAUUCUUGGUGUUAAGAGUGGUUCUUUUUUGUUGCCCUUUGUUUCCUUGUUGCCUUCUGGCUACUGGUAUUUACUGCAAUGCCAUUGCACGAAAUAGCAUUGUGCACGUGUUCUCGCAUUGUUGAACGCUCUGGGCGAACAGCACAAUUCGUCUCAGUUGCUCUGAGACCGUGCUGUGUACUCUGCUGUCAUGGAGUUUGAGCCAUUUUGAGGUACAUUGGUAUUGCUUUAGCUGAACAACACCUUUGUUCACAUUCAGCCAAAGGAUUUCCCUUUCAUUUUGUUGGAUACAAGACACUUCAUGAGGGGAUGGCAAUUUCUAUAGCUUGAUUUCAUCAUCCUAGGCUUGGUUGAACAUUGGGCUUACAAGAGUUCUUUGGGCUUACAAGAGUUCUGCGAAAUGAGCUUUUGUGAGAGAUGCAGUCUGCAGUCUUCAGAUUGCUCAUGUCCUUUGUUUCUUCUUUUUUUAUCUUAGUUUGAAUUGUUAAGUGACAUGUUUUCCUGAGUGGGGUCAGUUUAUAGAAUGUGCCUGUUGCUCCUUUCUUUCUCCUCCUCUGGUGUUUCCAUUUUGUGAGACAUUUACAUCAAGACAUUCCGAUCUUCCUUCAUGUGUUGCGUGACUGCUGUGCAAAAAGGCACGGGGUGUUUGUUGGCUUAAUUUUUGAAAGAGGCCGCCGGAUAUCACAUUGCAGCAUCGUGUCUGCGUUUUAAAAUAAGUCAUGCACUCGUCAUCGUCAUCAAUGUGGACUGCAUUUUCUUUUCACUUUCAUUUCAUGUUCUAUUUCACUGUGACAAUGCCAUUGGCGUUCACCAGGGAAAAGACGGACUUGCCACGAUCUGUUGAUUAAAACUUGGAAUCCUAGUGUUGUAGCUGUAGUUGUUAGUGACAUUCAGAAAGCACUUUGAAUUAAUGUGACAUGACUCGUGCUCUCCAUGGUUCAGCCAUUCUACUUGUGUAGUGCUUCUGGCUUGCCGUAAAUCGGGCUGGAUUCUCAACUGAUUGCUUAGAUGCUUUCACUUUUGAGUGGCAUGGCAUGUAGGGUGACACCUCGCCAAAUUAACGGGAGCCUUUCUAUGCACUCGUGACUUGAAAAGAACACUUGGGUGUGUGGUGUACUGUCACAAAGGCUUUGUUGCACAGACUUUUGUCACGCCUGCUUUUCGUCACAGCUGCUUUUUGUCACACCCACUUUGGCCUCAGUCCAUCAAUGCGUGCCAAAAGAGACGCCUUUGAAAGUGAUCGAUUGGGAAUACGGAUUCAGGCUGGUUGAACAUCAUGCGCACAACUUCCUUGUUUGCUUUAUUUUGAGCAUUGCUUCUCAACACAUCACCUUCUCCUUCUGGUUUUAUCAGUUAUGUCCGUUCAAUGUUAUUCAACGUUCCCCGGUCAGUUGCCCAUUCCUUGUCCUGUCUUUUGGUGCUGAGCUCUUUCCUGGUAUCGUCCCUGCACCUUUCCUCACAGUGACUGUUUCUUCCUGCUGCUACAGUCGGUAAGGUUGUCACGACUUGAUUUUGUGGAAAGAGGCGCCUGUGACGGUCAAAAAUGGCACAAGGUUAUUGCGUGCACGACGUGCAGAGAGUGUUAAAUUUUGAUUCCAUGAAAGGUAGAUCGUGUUCUUUAGAGGAGUGCUUAAUAUCUUGAUAGUGCGUGGUUUCGCUUUUGGCAACCAGCACGAGGACAUGCACAGAUGUGCACAGACGAGUACAAAUGUACGCCUGCAGGGCGUUUUGAAAACUUGCGUUCUCAUUGUGCAACAAAGAAGGAAUGUCCUGCUUCCUUUGUUGUGCCCAGUUCUAGGUCCAGAACCUUCUUGAGGCGACCACCUGCUUCGGCAGUGCUGGAACCUGACGGCAAACCAUAUCAUAUAGCUGCUACCCAUAGUUAGUGAUUCAUUGACAAACGACCAAGGUUAAGGCUCUGUUUUAUAUUUACGACUUGGCAACUGAUGGUAAGGAAUGACCAGUAUAGUUAAACCUCGUUAUAAUGAAGCUGUGGCCAACUAAAAAUACCUUUGUUAUUUCAAAUAUUAGUUAUGAGCAGGUAUUUGUUAUGUACUGUUGUUGGUGAGAAAAAUUUUAAGUUUAAUUUGUUAUAUCUGAUAUUUCGUUGUAUUUGUGUUCAUUAUAUUGAAGUUCAACUGUAGGUUGUUGGCAAAUAAGGUCCCCGAGCCAAUUCUUAAGUUGUCUUUCUUGCAAAUAGGCUACUGUCAUGCAUCUUGCAUCUCCUAAUUCAUACCACAUCCCACAUGAGGAUGGUCGUUGAGAGAGGGCUACCAAUUCUGCAAAUCAUUCUAAAAGCUCUUGAGUGCCUGUAUGUUUGGCCAUAAUCGAAUAGUCAGUGGUAAAGCAUGAAAUUCUCAGAACGCUAAUCAAGUGGUAGCUGGAAAUGUCAAAUUUAUUUUCGAAAUCUUGGAUAGGGGAGCAGUCGUGAAAGUAUCGCAUAGUGGAGCACAAACUGCAAACGAUACUUACGUGAUUGUGGUUUCCCGUGUAGUAGGCCUAGGAUCUGCAAUAAAAGACUAGUUAUAUGUUAAUUGCCCAAAUGGCAUUGCACAGUUGUACGGGGGCAGCUGCAAACAGAACUGGGUGUGGUUACAAUGCAGUGCAAAAAGAUGUAGGCAUAACUGUUGGCGUUCUUGCAUUCAUCUUUUCACCAUUGCCUCUUUUGUUUCAGCGCUGUUUGAAGCUGUGCUUACUAUCUUUACACUACAGCUUGGAGGUUUGCUGCCUGUAUGUAAUAUCUAGUACGAACGCUGCACCUUUUCCUUAAAAUUUGUAAAAUCCAAUGCCAUACAUUUGUUGGUUUAUUAUGCACGGCGAGUUGCAUUUUCGCAGCAGGAGUGAGACGCUUGAGUCUUUUAUUUAUUGUUUUUCAUUGUUUACAAUGGUUUCUGGUGUCCCAUCUCGCAUCCUGGGUGUCGAGCAUCGACGGCUGCUGUCUCCCUUCGCUUAUUGUUAGAUGUGUCUCACUUGGAAAGUGUGCGUUGCCCGCAGGUCUUCUUUUCCAGGUUUGAAGGGGUAGCACAAAACUCUCGCGACAAUCACAUGCUCUCUAUGAGGCUACGAGCGUGUCAUGGGAGGGAGAGAAGUUAUUUAUAGCAUGUUUCUUUCUUUUCUUCCAGCCGUGUUUGUAGGAUAAUGUUUCAUGCAUUUUCUCUAGUAACCUAUGAGACGAUCUUCUUUGUUAAUUUUUUUUUUUUCAUUUUGGGUUCAUGUUUUUCGACAACAUAUGUUCGUUUAUUUCUUGUGUGGUGGUUCUUCUAGAGCCUGUGUUCUGUGCUUGCCUGCAUUGAUUCGAGUUUGUGAUUUGUUCUUCUGAACUGUCAGUUGCCUUUCUUCUUAAGUGUGUGGACAUCAUGGUUGCUUGUGGUUUUCUGACAGCGCAGUUUGUGUGUAUCAAUUUUGCCCUAAGGCAUAUGCAUCUUUUUCUUUUAAUUUGCAUCUAGCACAGGCAGUCUCUGUAGUUUACACACUUUUUGUUUGUAUGAAUGAAAUUUUUUAGUAGAAAUAGAAGUGUCUGCUUAAGCUGCUAGUAUUGUAGCGCACCUUUUUAUGGAAUUGUCAAAUUGAGAGGUGUGAUUCAUUCUUAAUCUACAUCCAAUUUUUCUCUCCACCCUUUCUGUCGUCCACGCUUUCUCUACUUUCUGGUAUUCAGAUGUUCAUGAAUGUAGUCCAGAAAGGACUUUCAUGCAGUUGUAAGCUUGUACAAAUUAAUUGUAAAAAUUCGAUUGUCGUUGUCAGAAUUAGAGCUUUGUUAAUUUGCAGUGCAUUUCUUUUUUAUUGUGUGUGUGAAUUGUCCUUUUCUGGAGUGCCAUUGAAGUUGACCAAUUUUCGCGUGUCUCGCGAUAUACGCAGGACUUCUCUCUCGGGCUGUUUUCUGCCUAGUCGUGAAUUGCCUUGGAAUUUUGAUUUUGCAUUUUUGUCGUGUCCUCAACCAGAAAGGAAAUCAUUCCAUUCAUGUUGCUUUCGUGUUGCAUUCUUUUUUCUUCGUUCGCUUUAUAUAUUUGCACAAACAUUUUGUGUUGCCAAAUUUGUGACAAGCACUUUCCAUACUGCAGCAGAUAGUGAAAUGGAAUACUGACACUUCCAGCAAGCCCCUCUUCAUGUAAUUAUUGAUGUUUACUAGAGGCUCGCCAAUAUUUUUGUUUCAUAGUACAUGCUUGGCAUGACAUAUUAUUUCAACAAAUUCUUAAGAUUAAACACUGUUUUCAGCAUAGUGUGCUUGCAUUCUGGGUUAGGAAAUGUAAAUUCAGGAAAUAGCAGGAUACGGAUUGCAUAUAAAUUUCAUUAAAAUUUUGGGUUUAGCCUUUGCUUAAAGAUUUAAGAUCUUUCAUUGUGGAGUAUGAGUGACAGAAAAACAUUUCAGCCUGCCAGUUAAAAUUUUAAUGGAGUUUGUGAGUUUAGGAUGGCUCUAGCUACGAGGGGACAGUAAUUUGAAGAUUUGAGUUCCCCUCUAAACGUGGCCCAGGAUAAAAAAUUUUAAACACGUCUGUUUUACAGAAUGUACUUUUCCUGGAAUUAAAAUGGAGGUGGCUGAAAGUUGUACUUUAAGUUCGAGAACUGUUUCCAGUUAUUAUGCAAUCCGAGUUUGCAUCUCUUGAAAGGUUCGUUGUGGCGGGUCGCUACAAGAACUGUAUCUUGCAGCAAAUGAAAAAUUCGGCUUGCUGUGGCAUGCAAUGUGAUUGUUUCAGCAAGGUCCUGCUGCAUGUGUACUUACCAAAAUGGUUUUCUCACUUCGUCAUUUCUCCUUGCCGUGUACAAAAGCGCGCUAUCCUUUUCGGCCCAAGUAUGAUUUUUCACGGUGCUUUCUAACGUGGAAGGUGCCAGGCUAUGUAUUCGCUACAAGAAGUACAGCUGAGUGUUUGUUUCAAAGUUCCUCAGUCUUGUGUGCGUAUAUCUUCAGUUUUAGUCUUGCACCAGUUAGCCUAUGACCUGUACAGUGGAACCUGAGGCCACUUGCUGGCUAGCAACAACAGUGACGCUAAUGGGUGUCUCAAACAAUCUGUGAGUAAUGUAAAAGCAAGUGCUUGAAAAUAUACCUCAUAGGCAAUUUUUAAAAUUAUCGACUAUUACGAUUCCCCAGUCGCAGCAAGCAACAUGUGUGCCUCUCAGAGUUAAUUUCCGUUUCCUCCCUCUGAGGGCUCUUUAUGUACAUAUGUUUGUGCAGAAAAUGCUUCGGUCCACGAGCUUGUGCGUGUGCUUAGUUGGGAGGUGGAGUAGACACUUUCUGGUGUGCACAUUUCUUUUUUGUUAUAAACGCUGAAGCUUGUUGUACGUUCAGUCACACUGUACCCUCAUGCCUGCAUUUCUUGUAAACAACUGUUUGCCACAGUGCAUGCACCGAGUUCAAGAGCAGAAGGUGGCUGUGGCGUUCUGUAUUUAUGGGCUUUAGAAGAUAUUUUGCCGAGAGGCGGAGUUUCCAGGAAAGUGAUGUUGCGAGACACCCAAGUGCAGACUGGGAUGAAACCGCUCCCUGUCCAAUUCUCAUAAGAAUAAUAUCGGCAAAAAGUGCAUCAAAAUUAUAAGUGUAAUGUAAUGCGCAGCGCUGCGUCGGCUUGUUCAUUUACUGGCUUCUUUGAACUGUCUGCAGAAUCGUCUGUGGCUACAUGCACGUUGUGAUAGUAUUUUCUCCAGCCGACUGUUAUUGGUUCCAGAGGUGCAUUGUGACUCAACUGUUUUGAAGACGCCCAAGCCUGGCUUCUGUGUAACUUUUACACCAGCAGAAUGAUUCCAAUAUGCAUGCCGAAGUGCGCACAGAUCUAAUGAGUGAGCCAAUUUAUUGUGGACAGUGCUGAAAGAGACAUGAAAAAAGCACACACACACACCACUAUGCGUCGUCUGCUCAUUCCUCCUGUCUAGUUUCUUUGCUGCUUCCAUUAAAAUGUGCGUGACCAUCUAGCCCAGAAAUUUGCAGUCUCAUGGGUCUUGUUAAGCCAGUACGUAAAUUACCUUUAUUACAGGCAAUCAAGGCACCACAUCAAGAGCUAUCAAACAGAAGGCACACAUACAUCGUUUUGGAGUAGUUGGUAAUUUAAGGUGCUGCUUCAGGAUAAGAAACUUAAUUCCAAUGACUUCCCAUCUGUGCUGAGCUUUCUUGGCAUCAAAAGCAGGCUGUAGAGCAUUGUGACUCUCCCUCUCUCACAGGAGUGCUGAGAACUGAAAGUUUUGUGUUAUUUCUUGGCUAUAUCUUUUCCAUUCUACAUUUGCCUGUACCAGAACCAGAUUCACUGUUGCUGCAGUUUCAUUCUGCUCCACCCUCAUUUGAGCACGCAUUUUUCUUUGAAUUCCUGAACACCGCAGCCGUGCUUGCAUUUGGGGAUAGUGUGCAUAAGAGUGGCAGACGUGCCUCUCGCACCACUUUUUCUUGCAUUGUGUCCUCUGUGUGCUUACGGUGGUGACAGUUGUUGGGUGCAUUGUAGUAGGAGGAGAGCACGUGCUGUUUAUUAGCCUUUCUCUUUUUGGCAAUGUACAGAAGCAUGUUUACACGCGCACUGGACCCACUUUGUGUAUGAUAAUGUUAACGCCUCACCACCACUCGUCCCCUUUGCGUGGUCUCUCGCAUUGGUGUGGGCCUAUUUAUCGAGUGUAUGUACAAGUGUGCAUCUGAAGCUGUGUAGAUACUAUACCUUACUGCUGGUAUUUCUAUGUACCAUAGGAAAUAAAGAUCAUUUUCAACAAUGGC